CUCUUUAGCCCCCUCCUCUACUGCUUUCAUUUCACCGUUCCGUCUCUCUCUCUCUUGCUCUCUCACGCUCUCUCCGGUUCUGUAUUCGUCUCGCUGGUGUUCUAGUCUUUGGUGUCUCUUCUCCUUUUUGGGUUGUUGUUCAUCGCUUCCUAGCUUUUCAAUUGAUCAUCUUCUUUCACCGUUUCCGUCGUGUGUAUUUGGUUUCUCCUGGAGCCUUUCGACAUUCUUCAUCAUUCUCUUUUGGUGUUGCUCUCACGAUUUAGGUUAAUUGAUGAAAAGCAACCAUGGAGGACCUUCAUGGAAGCAAUGCUCGGAUGCACAUUGGAGAAGCUCAAGAUCCAAUGCAUGUGCAAUAUGAACAUCAUGCUUUGCAUCACAUCCACAAUGGAAGCGGCAUGGUUGAUGACCAUGCUGAUGGUGGCAAUGCUGGUGCAAUGAGUGAGGGAGUGGAAGCAGACAUUCCUUCUCACCCGGGAAAUAUAACAGACAAUCGUGGUGAAGUAGUCGAUCGUGGUAGUGAACAAGGAGAUCAGUUGACAUUGUCUUUUCAGGGCCAAGUCUACGUUUUUGACAGUGUGUUGCCUGAAAAGGUUCAAGCCGUGCUUCUAUUAUUGGGUGGACGAGAAUUGCCUCAGGCACCCCCUACAAGCCUAGGAUCAGCUCAUCAGAACAAUAGGGCAUUGGGUUUGCCUGGUACUCCUCAAAGGUUUAGUAUUCCACAGCGGUUAGCUUCUUUGGUCAGAUUUCGAGAGAAGCGAAAAGGUAGGAAUUUUGAUAAGAAGAUUAGGUAUACAGUCCGCAAGGAAGUUGCUUUGAGGAUGCAACGCAAUAAAGGACAGUUCACAUCUGCUAAGUCGAACAAUGAUGAAGCUGCAUCUGCUGGAUCUAGCUGGGUUUCUAAUCAAACCUGGGCUAUAGAAGGUAGCGAGGCGCAGAAUCAAGAGAUCUCAUGCCGGCACUGUGGAAUCGGCGAGAAGUCAACUCCAAUGAUGCGGCGUGGACCUGCAGGGCCUAGAACACUUUGCAAUGCAUGUGGACUUAUGUGGGCAAACAAGGGUGCCCUUAGGGACUUAUCCAAAGGCGCUUCUCCUCAGACACCCCUAAAUGUUCCUUUAAGUAAGAAUGAGUCUGAUCUAUUUUUGCAGGAUGCAAAUCUUGAGGCUGGUCAAAUGAUGAUAUCAGUGGCCAAUAACGUAAGCGACUCACAGUGAGAACACAUGGGCUCUUGCCAUUACAAGCAAGAGAAGAUCUCAAGAAUCACCUCAGGUGCUGUAGCUUUUUAUCAUUCUCUUGAAAGAAUCUGCGUCGAUUUAGGUUAUCCGGAUUUGAUCUGUCACUUAUGUAAUCGGCUUAUUAUAUAUUGCACUGCGAUGAUUGCUUAUCUUAUGAUAUUUGAAAUGCUGCAUAGGCCGUUGUUGCAUUGGUCCAUACACUGUCUGAACUCUGAUGUAAUGUUGAAGACUCUGUUUUAUCUUUAUGAGACAACUAACACUAUUUAAGAUCUCA